AUGGAAAUGGACUCCUUCAUGCUCCGAGAUGAAGGUGUUCAAGACCGUAUUCGCCAGGCCGAGGAUUUUUUAGAUCCCAGUGAUCCUCAUGCACGGAGUUACAGGUCGGACAUUAUUUUGAUGCUCCAGAAGAACCAGCGUCGCUUGGCUGUAAACCUCGAUCAUGUUCGUGACCACAACAACGAGCUUGCCCAAAGCAUCCUCGAUCAACCUUUCGACUACCUCCUUGCCUUCAAUCAUGCCCUGAAGAAGAUCGUGGAGACCGUACCUCAAGCACGUCCAGACCAGUCCGCUAGGGAUACUGUCUACUACUGCGCCUGGGCGGGGAGCUUUGGUCUCAACUCGUGCAAUCCACGAACCCUCUCCUCGCGGCACCUCAAUCACAUGGUAUCUUUGGAAGGUAUUGUCACUAGGUGCUCGCUCAUCCGGCCAAAGGUCGUCCGCAGUGUACAUUACAACGAGAAAGCAGGCAAAUUUCAUUUCAGAGAAUAUCAAGAUCAAACAAUGACGCACGGGUUGCCUACCUCAAAUGUAUAUCCUCGAGAAGAUGAUGAAGGCAACCCGCUCGUAACUGAGUAUGGGUUUUGCACGUACCGGGAUCACCAGACAAUUUCUAUUCAAGAGAUGCCUGAGCGUGCCCCGGCCGGACAGCUUCCCCGUGGAGUUGAUGUCAUUCUAGAUGACGAUUUGGUUGAUCGAGUUAAGCCGGGUGACCGGGUUCAAAUUGUCGGCAUCUUUCGCACCCUAGGCAACCGAAAUACCAAUCACAAUAGUGCCCUAUUCAAGACCAUCAUACUUGCCAACAAUAUUGUGCUCUUGUCCUCAAAGUCAGGUGGAGGCAUUGCGACAGCCACCAUAACCGACACAGAUAUUCGAAACAUCAAUAAGGUGGCCAAGAAGAGAAAUCUCUUGGAGCUCCUUUCUCAGUCUCUCGCUCCAAGUAUCUACGGACACGAUCAUAUCAAAAAAGCAAUUCUUCUCAUGUUACUGGGUGGCAUCGAAAAGAAUCUUGAGAACGGCACCCACCUUCGAGGUGAUAUCAACAUCCUCAUGAUAGGUGACCCUUCAACAGCGAAAUCUCAACUGUUACGGUUCGUCCUUAAUACUGCCCCUCUCGCAAUUGCCACUACUGGUCGAGGGUCCUCUGGCGUCGGUCUCACUGCAGCUGUCACAACAGACAAGGAAACAGGGGAGCGAAGACUUGAAGCCGGUGCGAUGGUCAUGGCUGAUCGGGGCGUUGUUUGUAUUGAUGAGUUCGACAAGAUGUCUGACGUCGAUCGAGUCGCCAUUCACGAAGUCAUGGAACAGCAAACGGUGACUAUUGCCAAAGCAGGAAUUCAUACUUCACUAAACGCUCGUUGCUCGGUUGUCGCGGCUGCGAAUCCGAUAUUCGGCCAGUAUGAUCCUCACAAGGAUCCGCACAAGAAUAUAGCACUCCCUGACUCGCUAUUGUCACGAUUCGAUCUUCUGUUUGUAGUAACAGAUGAUAUUGAAGAUACAAGAGAUCGUCAAGUGUCCGAGCAUGUACUAAGGAUGCAUAGGUAUCGGCAAACAGGUACUGAGGAAGGGGAACCUGUUAGGGAGCAAAUGUCACAAAAUUUGGGCGUUUCCGCCGAUAGCCAGAGAGGGCCGCAGCAGCCGACAGAAGUAUAUGAAAAAUAUGACAAUAUGCUACACGCUGGAGUAACCCGCACGUCUGGGCGUGGUUCUACCAAAAAGCCAGAAAUCCUGAGCAUCCCGUUUAUGAAGAAGUAUAUACAAUAUGCAAAGACUCGAGUCAAGCCGAUCUUAACGCAGGACGCUUCAGACCGUAUAGCGGAGAUAUACGUCGGCUUACGAAACGACGAAAUGGAGGGGAACCAGAGAAGAACGAGUCCGCUGACUGUUCGCACACUGGAGACAAUCAUACGCCUUGCCACUGCCCAUGCCAAGGCGCGUUUAUCAAGCAGGGUCGAAGACCAAGAUGCUAUCGCUGCGGAGGGUAUCCUCAGAUUCGCUCUCUUCAAGGAAGUUGUUGUAGAUGAAUCGAGGAAGAAAAGGAGACGUACCCAAGCCGUUGAAUUUACGUCUUCGAGCGAAGAUAGCUCUGAUAAUGGAGAUGAGAUCGAGGGAGAAGCAGGCAAUUAUAGGGGAGCUCGCUCAACAAGAAGCGCAACGGGAACUGCACAUCCGACUACUCGAUCCAGAACAGGAGUUUCCAAAGCUGUUGGUGGUAAUGGGUCUGCAUCGAAUGCUGGCAGGGUCGCAGUCGCAGACAGUCCAUCAACUCAACACACAGCUGCGCGCCGCUCUGGACGCAGUGGUCAGUCAGUGCUUGAUACUUCCCAGUCACAGGCAUCGUUUGCAUCGUCUGUGUCGGCGUCAGCAUUGUUGUUACAAACACAGGAAGAUAAUCAGACUGAGAAAGACCUCGCUACGGAGGCUGCAAAGCUAGCGAUUGAUGAUGCCACACAAAUCGACCCUCGCCGUGUGGCAGUCUUCAGAACAGCGCUGGGUCAACUUCUGAACUCUGAUUUGUUCGAGGAUGAUUCUGCAGCUCUCGAUGCUGUUGUUUCCGCUGUCAAUCGUAAAGUUUCGAGCGGCGAUGGCGGUGCAUUUGAACGGCAUGAAGCGGUAAAGGCACUCAAGAAAUUGGAGGAAGCGAAUCAUAUCAUGUUUGUGAUGCCUACUGCCAGAAUUAUCCCUCUUCCCCAAACCAUCUUCUCCAGGGCAAAAGCCCGGUCUUCCUGCCUUCAAGUUUUCGGGAAAUUCAGUGUCAUUCGUUAA